AUGGCUACUCACCGCGAGGCCUCGUUUCUCUCUACGGGCAAGUUUGUCGAUCCGACCCCUGCUUCCCCCGAGACCGCCCAUCCUGAAGUCGGCGCGACCUCUGCGCCUCUUAAGUCAGCUGCGUUCUUUAUCGGGUCUUACUGCAAGGAUUACAAUGAGGAUUUCAUGCUCUGCAAAGAUGAGAACAACGAUCCCGCCCGCUGUUUGAAGGAAGGACGCAAGGUUACACGUUGCGCCAUGGACCUGAUUGUCAAGCUCAGGGAGAAUUGCGAAAAGGAAUGGGAAGCCCACUAUAAGUGCUUGGAGAAGCACAACCAGGAAUACUACGCCUGCCGUAAGCCCGAGAGGACCUUCAAUGAGUGCGUGUUUUCCAAACUGAAACUCGAGAAGGUUAUCCCUGGAGCAGCUGACACUCCUAUUCAUCUUCGCGAGAACACCAUUUAUAACUAG